AUGUUUGCAGAGUAUUAUGGCGGCAACAAUGAGCACCAUCAGCAGACCAAUCUGCUGAAGAGCGGCCACCCGGGGAAGCUGAGCGACUUUUCGUACACGGUCCUGCGCGCCCAGAGCACAAGCGGCCGCCUUGUGCUCUUCAAGACCCAGACGAGCAUCGCCUUCUUUUGCAUCGCUCCGCCCGGCGCGCCUUUGAACUCCAAUCCUACCGAGCUGCUGGCGGAGGUCGAGGCGGAGAAGCGCGCCAAGGGCAAGAAGGGCAAGAAGAAGAAGAAGGGCGGCGGGAGCGGCGGGGCUGGGCCGUCGCAGGAGUCCGAGGCGCCGGCAGAGGCAGCCGCAGCCAAGCCCGCGCCGUUGGACAGGGAGGGGCUGCUCAAGCUUCUCGCGGAGCUCCACGAGGACAGGAUCCGGUUCGGCAUCACGCCGGAGACGUCGGGCGAAGGCGCGGGAGGCGGCCUAGCCCACGCGCCGAAGAAGACUGCUGGCGCAGACCGCAGUGGCAACCAUGGCCUUUACGCUUUAGGCGAUGGCUAA